CGAACCACAUCAGUCGCAUUCUUGCAGUUUCACACUAGCACCGGUGUCAAAGAAGCACCUCGGCGCACACAGGGUCUUGGCAUUCUGUGCUGUGAAACAGUGCGUAGGUCCAUCUCUUCCACACGGAUUCAAAUCUUUCAAGAGCAAUGAAGAGCAAUAAGAUGCAAGAAGCGUUAACUUCGCAGUCAUCCCUGCAAUGGUUUGUUCCCUACACACUAUUCAUCGACUUGUACAGCUUGCUCCAAGACAGCUUACGAAGGAGACAUCAGUGCCAUAGGAUGGGCAAAGGUCGGAUCUCUUUGCGAGAAUCAGAAAAUGUUGUAUUGAAAGUUGGAACAGGUCAGCACCAAAACUUUCAUCUUUCGUGAUGCCUGCUUGACCGUGCUUGACAAUGGGCUGCGGCUGCAUAAAGGCUGAAGGCACAGGCAGCCAUCCAGAUACUAGCAAUGACCAGAAGCUCGCACAAAAGCUGCAGAGAGAGGAGGAACGAAGGGCACGUGAAGCUCGUGCAGCUCCCAAGCCCAAGGCCAACUGGCAGUCUGCCGGCAGUGGCCGUUCCUUGGGAGGCCAAGGCCCUCCAGGAGAGCUUGGAAGAGACACUUCAACUUUAAGUGCUGAAGAAAAAAGACAACUGGCGCUUGAGGCCGCCGAACGGCGGCAAAACCAAGUGGCUGGUGUUUCAGAGAAGAAGGUUCAGGAGAUGAGGCAAAAAGAGCAAAAAGAUGCACUCCUUGGCAAGCUGGCGGAGCACUAUGCCCGUCAAAAGUUGGACAUGCCAAUGGGCCUGAACGCUGCUUCCGUCGAGCAGCUGAAACAACAUUGGGAGACUGUGAGGAAAGAUCGGGGUAGAGAUGAUGCAAUUCUACAGUCAUAAGACAUUUUAGUGGCAUGCCAAUGCGCACUGCCUCUACGUCCAAACUCUCAAACUCAAAUUUGCUACACAAA